GCCACUUUUUGCGCGCCGCGAAAGCGACUCGUCCAAGCACGACAAAGACAAGCGAGACGAGCGAGAACGGGUUGCAGGGGGUGGUUGCACUACCUCACCCACUCACUCCAUCGGUUGCUCUGCUGUUCAGCACACUGCCGCAUUGUCACAAUUGAGACACUCUUGAGGGGAUAAAGAAGAGUCUCAAGGAGCGCCAUGACGUCCCAGGACUUGUUCAGCUCAAGCGUGGAUGCGCUGUUCUUUGAUGAUGAUGAUGUACAUCACAACGGGAGUCAACACAUGCGCCUGACCACGUACGAUGAAGACCAACCACAACCGCAACAGCAGCGAGAGCAGCACCAAGACCACCGCUCUUCCUCCUUCAAUGGCCUGCAGCUGUCUGGCCAGGUGUCUGACCGGAGGCCGCCGCGUCAGUUGAGCAAGAGCGGGCUGGCCAUUCCUCUCCUGUCUGAUGACCUGGAUGACGACGGCUCUCAGGCCACUCUCAUGGAUGUGUACCCGGAUGCGUCGCAGGCCGACGACAUGCCUCACAAUGCAAGCAACAUCCUUUUCACCAACCCUGCCACGCCAACCCAGGCCACCACAGCCGCUCACACCGGUACUGCCGCAGCGCACCGCUCUCCAGCUCAAGUGCCAGUCCGACCACAACAGCAACAACAGCAACAACAGCGCAGGGCUGAUGGCGCUGAUGAUGACGAUGGCGAGGAUGGUGGUGGUGAUCAUCAACAGCAACAGCCAUCGUCAGUGCCUGGCACAGGAACAGGCGCUCGUGUAUCAAAUGUGAAUCCAGCCACCUCGCAGCGCAACCAACCGGGCCAUCCAUCCCGUCCCGUCUCGGUUGAGGAGAUGUUUGGACAUGCACCAACACCCUUUCCCAUGCAGGAGGAGGGCGGCGAUGUUGUUGAUGAUGAUGGCAAUGUUGACGAUGAUGGCAACAGAGCGGAAGUGGAACAACCACGUCGUCCGCAGCCCACGAGAGCCAGUACCACCGCCAACUCCAACAACACUGCAGGGGGAGCCGCAACAACCGCAGCCUGCUCCGCCGCCAAUGGCACCACGGCUCAUGGCGGCAACAGAAGGCGGAGCUCACAACAUGCACUUGACAAGGACGAUGACGACCGCGUGUCGCUGCCGUGUCCGGCACCUCGAGUACAGCAGUCAUUGGACUCGCUGGCUGAGUCCGAGAACAGCAUGCUCUUCACACGCACACCCGUGCUCAUAUCAGGAACAGCGCCAAAGAUGCUGCUUGCGCCGUCAGUUGCAAACAACAACGAUGACAAUGAUUGUGACGAUGAUGACGAUGACGGAGACGAACAAGAAGAAGAAGGAAGCGUGCAUGAGCGGCAACAGCACAAGCAGCAAACCACCACGACUGUUGACAGCGUGACCACUGGCGGAGAGACGGAGCAAACGUCCGGUCCAACAACGGUGUCGGCAUCACAAGUGGCAGGCGCUGCUGCCCAACAACAACAACAACAACAACAACAACAACAACAACAGCAAACGACGGAUGUGUGGGACGCUGCCGGUGCUGGAAUACCACAGAACGAGCUCAUGUCACAGUUCUCGCUGCGGAUUGACGAUUCCUUGCGCGACACGAUGAAUUCAGAGCGCUUCACGGAGACGCAGCAGACACAGUUUGACACAUGCACGCAGGACACAGUUGACAGCGUGGCUUUUGAUCAACAACAACAACAACAACAACAACAACAACAACAACAACAACAACAACAACAACAACAACAACAACAACAACAACAACAACAACAACAACAACAACAACAACAACAACCGCAGUCCCGUCAGCCGAGCACGGAAACUGCAUCGGCCGUCGGCGAUGGGGCGUCCAGCAGCAUCACCACAGCAGCAACAGCAACAGCAACAGCAGGUACCACAGCAACAACAACGACCACGACAGCGCCAAGCUCGUCCUCAGCAACAACGACGACGACAACUACCCCGAACCGAGGCCUUGCGCAGGAUGUGAGCGAUGGCAGUGCCGAUACAGCACGUGCGAUUAUGGGCAGUGUUGCCAAGGCAACGGUGGAGGUGCGCACACCAACAAGCGCGAUGGCGAGUGUCGGUAAUGCUGGCGCUGAUGGCGAUGGCGAUGUUGAUGGCGAUGAUGAUGGUCAAAGAGGAGACCACCAGCGCGCGUGCGCUGACGAGCGCAAGAGGACAGAACGCGACACCACAUGCAGUCGCAAUCUCGGUGGUGAAACCUCCCAUGCAGCCCACGUGAACACCACGAAGAGCACCGACAAUGACGUUAUGGGUGGCGAUGACGAUGCUGACGACGACGACGACGGUGACGAUGAAGAUGAUGACACACACAUGCCGUCGUCGGUGACAUCACCGCAUGGCGGAACCACCACAUCCUCGGUUGCGCGGCAGGACUCGACAGCCGUGUACGGGUACCCACCAGGCGAGUCACCCGUCAUCUCACGCACCUCCCACGGCGAUGGCGGUAAUGAUGCUGCUGACGACAAUGCUGUCCGCUGUGGCAGCGACGGCCAUAACGCGACCAAUGCCCCCAGUGAGCAACACAAAGCCCUUUCUGUACCAGCAGCAACAGCAACAGCGACAGCAACAGCGACAGCGGCGAGCAAGCCGGUGGUGCUGGAUGAGGGAAGUGACCGCCGACGCAUCUCGGGUCUCAUUUUCGAUUCGGGGAAAGAGACGCAGUUUGACGACACGGAAGACGAUGACGAUGAUCAUGAUCAUGAUGAUCAUGAUGGUGACGAUGCUGAGGAUGAGGAUGCCGGUGGUGAUGUUGUGGAAAAGGUCAAGACUGCCAUGGCCGCCAAUGAACAACAACAACAACAGCAGCAGCAGCAACAACAACGGCAGCGAGGGCAUGGCGUGUUGUCGAGAACGACGAGUCGCCAUUCUGCACCAUCUCCAACACUGUCCUUGCAUGCAAAACAAGAGCAGCAGCAGCAGCAGCAGCAAGUGCAUCAACGUACAGGAGCAGCAGCACCUGUCAAUUAUAGUGAGGAAGAGGAAGAUGAGGAGGAGGGUGUGCCGGACACGCAACACGAGGAUGUGCAGACCGAAAAACAGCAGGGGAGCAACAAGAAGGCGGCACAGGAUCAUGUGACUGCUGGAAACACAAAUCCAAACCAACGACCGCAACAACAGCAACAGCAGCAGCAGCAAGUGGAGGGGUGCAAGGUGGUGCGAGCUGACACCACCAUGGCGGAAGAGGAACUGAGUGCUGACCUCAACGCUGACGAUGAUGAUGAUGAUGACCAUGCAGCUGGUCACACGAGCCACAAACAGAACCAGAACCACCAGCGUCAACAUGACGAUGGUGGUGGUGCCAGCGAUAGCGAGAGUGACAGCGAGGAGAGCGGCGAUGACAACUAUCGUGGCAGGAGCCCCGAGGUUCGUGCGCAUGUGUCAUCGGCUGCGCAAUCUCAAACUUCCCCUUUGCGACGAAACCACACAACCACGCUCAAUGGUAUUGCCGAGCACCACGAGCCACACCAUAGGCAGGGCGAUCCUGACGAUGCUGAUGGUGCGGCUGCUGAUGACGAUGCUGAUGAUGACGAUGAUGAUGGGAGCGAAGAUGAUGAUGGUGCGCGACCUGCUGCCAAGCGAGCGGCAUAUGAUGCCAGCGAUCGCACGAGGUCAGAUGCAAGCGCAUCAUCUCCGCCAGGGAAGCGUGCCGGCAGUGGUGGCCUGCUGUUGAGCGUGUUGAACAAGACACCGCCACGCCGCAAGCCGCGGCCUGCCUCAAGGCCUGCGCGAAGAAGCAGCGGUGACGAUCGCUCAAGACGAGCACGCCCUCAUCUGUCGAGCAAGCCACCGCAGUCCAGCAGAUUUUACGAGAAGCAAACGCGUGUGGAGGUCAUCAUCACCACCCGCGUCAAGAUCAUCACCACGACGACCACGCGACCUGGGAUGGAGCCCGUGACGACGACGGAGACACUUCCUGUGGAGUCAAAAACAACGCGACGAGAGCUGGACACGGUGUACCGCCAGCUCAGCACUGAAGAGUGCGCACAGCUAGUACAGCAGCAUCAGCAUCAUUAUCAGGAGCAGCAGCAGCAGGAUAAGGAACGAGGCAAUGGUGGCAGUGAUGGUGACAUUCCACACGGAGCAGUGACGAGCACGGCAGCGGCGCGGUCUGCGAUUGGUUUUGCUCCUCAGUGGUCCGCCAUGGCACCAACCACACCUGCAGCUGUACCGCGCUUUGAUGACUCACACGCGCGCAUGCACAACGAACGCGUGCGUGCGUACACGAACAACAGCCCGAAAGCAGCAGCAAUGGGGCCGCUGCCAGCCUUCCCAAGCCCACGAAGCGCAAAGCAGCAGCAGCAGCAACAGCAACAGAACCAGUCAGCUGUGCGGCGGACAAACACGCACCGCACACCGCCCGGCCUGGCAACGCCGCGGCUGUUUGGGGAGCAAGACGUCACCCCCAUGUCGACCUCCGUCACGGGUGUCGGGAGCGACAGGAACAGCGGCCUUGACGGCAGCAGCAGAAAGCGUGAUGCAAGACAGCACGGCCGGAGAGCACUCGAGCUCACCAUGCCAAUGUCCAAGGCACACGCCACCGUGAAUGGUCGCAACGUGGAUCAUGAUGAUGGUGGAUCUGAUGAGGACGGGCAUGGCGGGCAAGCGUCUGCUGCUGUUCGUACUCGUGAGCAGCAGCAGGAGCAGGCGCGCCGAGUGAACAGAAGCAACAGUGUUGAGGAUCAGAGCAUGGUCGCCAGGAGGACGAUACCGCCUCGUGUGUACCAUGUGUCACAGCGCAGCAUCGAGGAGUGGCAGUCGGUUGUGCCUGCAGGCACGCGUGUGUUUGCCCAAUGGCCGCACGACCCCUUUUACUACCCAGGGUCUGUGCAACGCGUGUUCAAGAAAGGAUUUCGCGUUGACUUUGACGAUGAUUCACACAUGACCGUGAAGAGGAUAGUCGUUGGCUUUGAGUUCUUCCCAGGCCUCCACGUACUGGCCAUGCGGACUGGAAACGAGUACGAGACUGCAACCGUGAUCGAGGUCCUCUCCGAAGGCAGGCUGCUCGUCGCAUUUGCGGCUGAUGUUGCAGGUGCAAAUGAUAACACGUCCGGUGCAGACGACGGUGAGAACGACGACAAUGGAGGUGAUGAUGACGAUGAUGACGACGGUUGCACGCCCGGAAGCAUUGCGGAGACACCGCUGUCAUCGCACACCACCACGAACGAGAGUGGCAACACCAUCACGACACGUCGCUCCGGCCUGCGUCGUCCUCGCUCCGUGCAGCGCACACUUCCCCGUCGCCCACCGUCGCGGCUCGUGGUGGGUCAGGAGCAGAUUGCACUGCACCCGUCCGUCAUCGCAGCUGCACAUGACCAAGCGCAAGCAGAAGGGGAACAACCCGCGCAGUCAUUGCACAAUGGUGGUGUUCAGAGGCGUGCUGCGUCAUCAGCGGCAAGACGACGCUCAUCAGCAACACCAUCAACAAUGAAAUCAUCCACAGCAAUUCGGUCUCGUCAGCGACCAGCUGCUGCUGUUGACGAUGAUGAUGACGAUGGUGACGAUGGUAUUGAUGGUAUUGACGGCGAUCACGGUGGCGUGCGAUCAUCGUCGCCGACGUGGGAGGAGGAGGCGGCCUGGUUUGAGCAGCAGCGGGCGGCGCGUUCCCGCACACGUGAUGGAACGGCGGCGAAUGGCAGGCGUUCCAGCGACGAAGCCCGUGGUCGCGCUGCUGCUGUGGACGGUGAUCGUCACCAUCAUCGUCCUCAUCAUCGUCAUCCUCACAACGCCACAGCAACAGCUACAACAGCAACAGCUACAGCUACAGCAGCAACAACAGCAGCGGCAGCCGUGAAGCCAAGGAAGCCGUUGACGAAGAAGGCGAGCACGACAGCAAAGCAGCACGUGCGCAGGAACGGGUCUGACAGUGCCAUGGGUACGAUGGUUCCGACGCCUGGUGAACCAUUACCGCGACGGUCCUCCCAAGGCAAGCCCUCCCAACCGCCGUCAAAGCGCGCGAAAAUGGACACGGAGCCGCUCGCCGGCUUCCACGUGGCGCUGACGGGUGACUGGGACGAGUUUACGGACGAGGAACUGAAGGAUCUGGUGCAGAGCCUGGGCGGGACGGUGCUGUCUGAACUGUCGCGUGUUGAGCGCGGUGACGUGGGGGCCGAUGAGUGUGUGCUGGUGAGCCAGGCGUGCCGCACGACGAGCAAGUACCUGCUUGCGCUGUCCAUGGCCAUCCCCUGUGUGUCUGUGGAGUGGCUGGUGGAGGUGAAGCAGCGGCGCGCGCUCGUGCCCUUUGCGGAGUUUUUGUUGCCUGCAGGCAUCACGAACAUUGUGCAGCGCAAGAGCGGGCGGCUCAAAUGGGUGCGCAAGCCCGUGCCGCACGCGCUGUCGCCGUUUUCGCGCUGCUUCCAGGGCAUCACCGUGUUUGUGACGAGCGUCGACGUGCACCGCAAGUCGCUGUUUGAGCACAUUGUGCGGCACCUGGGCGGCGGCGUCAUUGAUCGCAAGCGGUUCCUGCCCGGGCCAACGACAGACGGGUUCUCGUGCCAGUACGUGCUGUUUGAAGACAGCAAGGCUGUGGCGAAGAAGGCGCAGCGACGCGAGUUGGAGCACGCGCGUGCGCUCGGCAUUCCAUGUGUGACACAGGCCUGGCUCAUUCAGUGCCUCAUCCACUACACCGUCCUCCCACACGACCUGCACCCGUCCCUCCACAUCCCCUAG